UCAUGUAUUAUAAGGGAUAAUGUACCCCCUACUGUAAAUGAUAAGGAUAUUAGCAGUCACUGAGGGGUUCUGUGAGUUGACAGAAAUGGUGCCAGGGGCAAUAGUGAGCACAGCAAAUCUCCUCCCCCACUUGCCAUGUUGCCCUCUUGCCCGGCUGUACAGUGUAAAUGGGGUAAAUGUGUCGGAUGUGAGUGGAAAGUGAAGGGAAAAGCGUCUGUGUAGGAGAAUGAUAUAAAGGGGAGGAGCCCACAGCUUCUAUCCCCGCCCCCCCAGCCCGGGCAGGUCACAUGUCUCAGCGCUGGAAUCUGCUGUCUGGCUCCUCCCCCAGUGACAUCAGCAGCAGAAAACGAAAGUGAGUGGGGGGGGGCCUUCAGCCUCUCCUUCCUCUUCCUCCCCAGCAGCCUCGGACUCUGCCAGCAGGGUUGUACCCACAUAUCCGUGCCGGGAGCAUCCAAGGGGCAGGAAUGGAAGAGUACAAAACGUUACCAUUGGACGACUGGACUGAGGAGCACGUCAGAGACUGGUUGCGCUCAAUAAGACUCAAAAAGGAACACACUGACAGACUGUAUGAAGAAGAAGUGACGGGGCCAGUGCUGAAGGAAUUGAAACAUGAGUUUUUAAGGAUUUUUGGCAUGAAAGAAGGACAGAUCCAGCUAUUAAUUAGCAAGAGAGAUGAGAUUCUACUGGGACAGAAAUCCACAGAGCCUGGUUCUCCUUCCCAGAACACACAGGCCAGUUCAUCCCAUCAGGAACCACAAGCUCUUGCAGAUCCUUCAAGCAGCCUAAAAGGGACAACAAUUUGUACCGCAGUGGUGCAAACCCCUCUGGCUGAUCCAUGCAGCACGCCUGAGCCUCCUUUAGUCUCACAAACCCCUCUGGCUGAACCGUGCAGCACGCCUGGGCCUCCUUUAGUCCCACAAACCCCUCUGGCUGAACCGUGCAGCACGCUUGGGCCUCCUUUAGUCCCACAAACCCCUCUGGCUGAUCCAUGCAGCACGCCUGAGCCUCCUUUAGCGCCACAAAUCCCUCUGGCUGAACCGUGCAGCACGCCCGGGCCUCCUUUAGUCCCACAAACCCCUCUGGCUGAACCGUGCAGCACGCCCAGGCCUCCUUUAGUCCCACAAACCCCUCUGGCUGAACCGUGCAGCACACCCAGGCCUCCUUUAGUCCCACAAACCCCUCUGGCUGAUCCGUGCAGCACGCCCGGGCCUCCUUUAGUGCCACAAACCCCUCUGGCUGAUCCGUGCAGCACGCCCGGGCCUCCUUUAGUGCCACAAACCCCUCUGGCUGAUCUGUGCAGCACGCCCGGGCCUCCUUUAGUGCAACAAACCCCUCUGGCUGAUCUGUGCAGCACGACCGGGCCUCCUUUAGUGCCACAAACCCCUCUGGCUGAUCUGUGCAGCACAACCGGGCCUCCUUUAGUGCCACAAACCCCUCUGGCUGAUCUGUGCAGCACGCCCGGGCCUCCUUUAGUGCCACAAACCCCUCUGGCUGAUCUGUGCAGCACGCCCGGGCCUCCUUUAGUGCCACAAACCCCUAAGGGGCAACACAACACAAACCUCUCGGGGGCCUGUAAGCCAUUGGGAAGUACAAAGGAUUCACCAGUGUUAUUAUCCUCAAGUAUUUUCCGUCCAUUUGAUAAAGAAGUAGGGAACUUUAAAUAUGUGAAAAAUAAUGUUCUUUCACCUGAAACUGGGGCUAUAGAUCUGAUCCAACCUUGUCAUGAAUAUAAGUCUUUUUCCACGGCUGCCAAACUAGACCGGCUCCGAAUUGGGACCAAAUUUGCUUAUGAGGUUCUUCGGUUUGGCUGUGCUUGUCUGAACACGAGGACAAAUGGUACAAUACACUUCGGAAUCAUGGACAGCAAGGAAGACAAAAGUUACCAACAUGGCCAAAUCGUUGGAAUCCCUGUACAUGACAAGGACUGGUUUGUGGAUGCAUUAGACUGCAUGGAGAAAGCGUUUGCUCAGAAUGACAAGGCUGUCGCUCGGGACUGUAUUCGGCCACCAAAAUUCAUUGAAGUCAUUGAGAGGGAUGGUGAGGAGCAAAGGUUUGUCGUUGAGGUGGACAUUGUUCCUGACUUCCAUUUAGUAAAAGGAAAGGCCUUUCAAGUGGGCUUGCCGAAGUUUAAUGAGAAGAGCAAUAAAGUUUCCCACGAAAAGAAAGCAAUGUAUCGGAGGGUGGGAGCCAAAUCUGAGCCCGUCUUAGACGAUGAUAUGGUUCCGUUUAUACAAGGCCUUCAGAAUGUGGAUCUCAAGCGGCAAAGAGCAGAAUCUAGAGCAAACCAUGAUAUCAUGGCUCCAGGGGAUUUGGGGACGAAAAUAUCAGCCCUGCUCACCGAUGGAAAGCGGUAUUUAGAUGACUCUCUUCGAUAUAUACUUGUCACAAAUGGCUGUGGAGAGAACCAUCUGACACACACAAGCUUUUUAGUGCGGAUGAGAAUAUUAUGCGUCUUUGAUUUUGACCCAGAUUCUGACAGCAGCGGUUUAUGUUCUAUUUACAAAAAGCACCAUGCUACAAACAUCCAUUCCUUAAAGGGCUUUUCCAUGGACAGUGGGGUGGGCACAUGUGAACAUCUGAAGAAGAACCUCUCCUUGGCUACUCAGACUACCUGGAUAUUCUGCAAUGGGCGAACCAAUUAUCGUGGAGGAGAUGAAGCCUGUGAUGAAAAUACAUGGAUCAGAACCAAGAGAAAAUUCCUGAAGAAAGUGAUUUCCUUAAUCUGCGAUGAAAUCCUUCCAAGAGGCUACUUCAAGGUCCUCUUCCUCCUGUUGUCUCCUGUGGAAAAGCCAAUUGUGGAAACAUUUCAGGAGUUUUACACCGAACUGAAUGGGAUGGAGUAUAUAAUGUGCAUUGCAGAGAAUAAAGAACAUUAUGAGAAAUGGGCCAGUCUGGCUCAAGCCUCCUGCCCAAAAGAGCUGCUGGAACAGAGGAGUGUAGUUGGCAUGCAGCUAAGCCAUGUUGAUGCCACUGUACAGAGCCUCUUUCCCUCAGUGUCCAACAAUAGGCGUCUGCCAGUUUCCACCAAAGGUGUCUGUGUCCUUGCAACCCCCGACGAGGAACGGAUGCACUCGCUGGAGAUCCUGUGUGAGAACCAAUGCAGUCAUCUCAAUGUAGACUCCUUGGUGAAGCAACAGAUAGAGGAGAUAGAAAGUACAUUCUACCGGGGUGGCAAAAUAUGUUGGAAACAUUUCUGGCUGGCAGAACAAAAGAAAUGUGGCGCUCUAAUACAGCGUGAUGCAUGUGGCGAAGUGGAGAAAAUCCUAGAAAACAUUUUGCAUGAGAACAUGAUCAGACUUCCUGUUGCUCGGAUCAAAGUCGUCCACCAUCCGGGCAGCGGCGGAAGCACAGUCGCAAGACAGAUUCUUUGGAAAAAGAAAAAAAACUUAAGAUGUGCCAUAGUGAAACCAUCUUGUUCAGUCUCCACAGUCUGCGAACAUGCCACGCGCCUUCGAGAAUAUGAUGAAACCGACGUGGACCAGUGUCUUCCUGUUCUGCUCCUGAUCGAAGACUGCGAUGAAGAGUUCAUUGACGAUUUAAGGGACGAGUUAAUGAGAGCAACAGUCUGUAAGAAGAUUGAUCGGUCAAAGAGGUGCUUCAUUCUUCUCAGUUGCAAAAGGUCCAAUUGUCCAGAUAAUCUAUACAGGUCCUUUCCAUUGGCCACUGUCAUCAUCACUCAUAAACUUAGUGAGAAGGAGAAACUUGAAUUUGCAGCAAAAGUUAAAACCUUAGAGCAGCAGUUCCCACCUGAAUUUAUCAUCACGUUUGUCCUGAUGAGCAAAGAGUUUGAUGAGAAGUAUGUCACGGAUUUUGUGGAGCACGUUAUGCACGGGGUGGAGCUAUCGUCCAAUGUCACCCGUUUAAUGACCUUUGUUGCGCUUCUAAACAGCUAUGUAGAAAACUCUUUUCUUUCCCUCUCGCACUGCGAGGCCUUCCUAGGGCUAGACGCCCACACCAAAGGUCAAAGCGAAAUAAGGGAACAUAAUUUUAAGAAUUGCCUAAGUGAACAGGCAAGACUGAUAUUUCUUGAACUGGCGGAUCCCAAGUCUUUCAUUACUUCCAUUCAUAUCGUACAUUCUCUGGUUGCAAAGGAGGUUCUAAAGCAACUUUCUGGAAGUUGCCCUCAGAGUAAAAUUGCCAUGGACCUUCUGCAAGAAAAUGUCUUAUUCAACCACAGAUUUGGCCGGGAGGAAUUCCUCAGGUUCACUAGGGACCUGUUUUUCAGACGGCACAGAAUAAGCAGGGGAGAUAAUGUCGACACGUUUUUAUCGCCUCUUAUUGAGCAGGUUAUAGAGGUUGAACAGGAUCAACAGAAAGCCAUUGACCUACUGAAAGCUGCUUAUGAACGAUUCCAUAAAGAUCCCCUAUUUGCACAGCAGCUGGCUCGUCUGCAUUACCGAUAUGAGAAAUUUGAGGAUUCAAAGAAAUGGGUGGAGGUUGCUAAGGAACAACUGAGUGAUUCCUUUAUUUUGGACACGGAGGGGCAGUUGUACAAACAAUGGGUGAAUAGCCUGCUACAGAAUAAAGAUACUACUGUUAAUCUAGAAGAAGUCGCUAAUGUCAUUGCUAUGGCUCUGAAAUCCAUGGACUGUUUCCGUGCGGAACAAAGAGCCGCAAGGUCCGAAAUGGACGUCAUUAAUAACUCCGGCUACUUCGGAGAGGUUGAGGUUGGGUGCCGCUUGCUGAAACUUCUUUCGACGCUUGAAAUAUUUCCUCCGAGCAAAAACGGUGUGAACCGAGAGCUCCUACAGUAUCUGCUAACGGAUCACAUUCCCGAUGUUAUCAGAAAACCCUGGUAUCGGUUUCACAACCAUCUGAAAGGGCUUCACAAAAACAUAUCCAGCGCCUUGGCCUGGAUUUCUGAAGAACUCAGCUACUUUCAGGCUGAUAAAAUUGAUGAGGACAAGCAGAGGGUGGUGGAGGAGAGCAGAAGCAGCCCGCACAAGUGGCUGAUGGGAAAAACAAGGGUUUUUGCUGAGUUUUUUACUUCCCAGCUUUUACCCCCCAGUGAUGAGUCUGAGUUUCAAGCCUCGCUCAACACGUUCUUCCGGCGGAUGAACAUCUACAAACUGGGUGGUGGGAACCCAACUGCAAUCCUUUCCCUGCGGUCCGAUAAAGUCCACAGAGCAGAAGAAAAGCUCUCAGAGAUAUUAGAACUCUAUGAAGGAAUCUCAGAUCCAGGAGGACUGGCCGAUUCGGAUCUAAUUAAUUACCUGACUUGCCACAUAGCACUUGGGUGUGUGUCUCCUGGUUCCCCAAGUCUAUUCAAUUUAGAGCAGUUACGAGAUCUUUCCAAGCGUUUCCAGUCAAAGAAGAAGUCUUUCUCUGCCAGCGCCUACUUUCUGCUGCUUCUCCUUUUCUGGCCUGAUUAUCUGGAUGACCGAGAAGCUGAUGCAGAGAAAGACCACAUUUUGAACUUUGCUCUGCAGACUUUAAGGCGGCUGCAGGAAAUCAGAAUAAAGAAUGUUCCUGUGCGGAAGAAAAGGACCAAUGUGCUCUUCUUUAUGGGCCAGGGUCCCGGGCUUCACAAGCUUCUGCUCAGACGUCAGGUUGAGAAGUUGAUGAAAGGUCCAGUAAAUGAUUGGAGAUUAAAGUGGGACUAUGGGGUCAUGGAGAAGUCAGAAAAUGUGCAAAGACUCCUAAAAACGGUGCCCGGUUGGACAGAGGAUGGGAAGGUCUAUGUACGGGGGCACAGCCCAAAGCAAAAGCAUGAAGUCUUAGUCCUGAAUCAGUCGUCGGUGCCUCAUGGAAGUGAAAAUGUCACAUUUUAUUUAGCCUUUUCCUACGCCGGACUCAUUGCCUACAACCUCCAAGUACAAAAAUAAGUUGUUCUGUUUCAUGAGGAAUCUGCUCCAGGGGCAGGGAAGUCGGGUGUAAGGGGAAUACCUGGCAAAUAAGUGACUGAUAGAGUAGAACAACUCCUUAAAGAUGGUGCCUAGAGCUAACCCAGGAAGGUCCCACUGCUUAAUGCUCGAUUUUCUACCCUAUACAGUACAGUAUGCUAGCUGCUAAUAUCUACACUUUGGGUGGGCUCUGUGGGGGGGAACAUAUAUAAAGCUGGGUUUGGGGGGGAGGCACUUCAGCCUUGACUUCAUAGUGCCUGGUGUCUGGUUAUGUGGGAAUUGCCUCUGAGCCAUUAAGGGGACAUGGUCCCUCAGUGAUCAGCGCUAAGUAUCAAUAAAUCUCCUGUAUUUAUUU